AUGUCCAACCCGGGACAGACAACCACGACGUACCACCUUCAAGAUGCUCUGUUCAACGAUGACUCCACCACAUACCUCGACAUCCAGAAUGAGAUCAUGACUCAGGCCCCGCUCUUCCCGAGAAUCGCCGGCAUGAUCAAGGGUGAGGACGGUGGCUUACUGGAUGUUCUGGACGGAACAGGCAUACGCGUCAUUACUCUCCUCACUGAGGACGACCAAGCGAACCCCGUGACGGCGGGGUUCGUCGUCUUCUCCGACCACUCUCACAAAGCCGAUGAUGCUGGCGAUAUGUUGACUACGAAGCCUGGCCCCGACCGAUCGAUCUACGCUCUCUCCGUGUACUCCGAUUACCAAGGUCGAGGUUUCGGCACCAAGCUGUACGGGUCCAUGGAGGGUUGCAGUGGUACCGAGAAUCCGCAGCUCACCGAGGUGUUGCGGCCCUCGUCCAUCACGUACGUCGCGCAUGGACUGAGACCGGGCUCCGUCGACCUCGUGAAAUGGCUGAAAGGUCUCGGCUUUGCCCACUGGGAGAACGGUGUGCUUGAUCUUGAUGAAGCAUACGAUGACGAUGGAGUUCCUGACCCGACGGUACCGCACGCCUUCCGCAAGUCUUUCGCGCCCGUUGCGCUUCAGGUCAAAGAUCUCGGAACAAGUCGCAUCGCGAGACGACCCAUCUCCCGGGUCAUCACAGACCUGAGUGCCGUCCAUGACUCAGACAUGUGA